AUGCAACUAACAGGUAGUGAAAUGGUGGUACGUAAAGUAGUAGAUUGUGAAGAUUCAAGAGUAACUAGUAAAAAAGAUAUUGGAUAUUGGAUUGAAGACUCGUUUCUGAAUGCUGCGUUACGCGGUCUGAGAUUUACGAAAGAUAUAAUCAAGCAGCUGGUACACCUUCAUAUCAAUCAAUUUAAUAAAUAUUUAGUUAGCUUCAUGGUUAUGGAAUUAAAAAUUGAGUCAAAAUCAGAGGAAAAAGAAGCAUCCACUACAGUUUCUGAUAUUAAUCAGCCUCUUCUAAUCCGAGGAACAAAUAAUACUGAAACAGUGAACAGUACAAAUAUUGAUUUACCAUCGACUAGUCAUCAUGGUCCAGUUAUUCAAUGGGCUGAAGGUACAGUAGAUAAUGAAUUUAUGGGUAAAAAGAAAUCAAACUGUUGUUGUAUUUAUGCAAAACCAAGAAAAUGGAAUGAAUCAUCAUCAUCCAGUUCAUCGUCUGAUUAUAAUUCCGACUCUUCUCCUCCUUCGGAUGGUCAUAAUCAUGUUAACAAUGAUAAAUCUCCCAAACAAAACACACAUAAACAUACACAUUGUACGGAACAUUGUCGUGGUCAUACAAAACGAUGCUUUCGUAAGAAGAAAAAACAAGAUAAGGAUAAUGAUAAAGAUUCAGUGAAAAAUUCGAAUUUUGAGAAUUUUGAAAAGCCAAUCAACCAACCAUCAUCAACUGAUGACUACAAUCCAAAUGGUUCAUAAAUGUUCAUAAAUUCUAUGUCAAUUAAUCAAAGAUUUGUUGAAUAAGUAGUUGCACUUGUCUAAUUGGUUUUAUUUGUUCAAAGGAAAGAAUAUAUAUUUCACUAGGUGUAUGUGUUUGUGUGUGUACGGGUGUGUUUGUGUGUAUACUUUCUCUGUUACUCUUUCAUUUUCUCCCCUUUUUAUUAUUAUUAUUGUUAUUCUUACUACUUUUAUUACUGUUAGUAGUAUAAUCAUUAUUAUGUGAAUAAUAUUUCCAAUCAAUUGUGUAUUUGAAUUAACAAAACCAUAAUAAUUAAUAUCUUACAGAUAAUGUAUAUUUCGGUUGUUUUUAAAAUAUUAAAGAAUAAACCAAUCAUAAAUCUAUUGAAUAAA